GACCCUGAAGCGGAAGUAGACACGUGGGGUUGAAGCGAGUGAAGUGAAUCACGUCAACGCGCAUGCUGUGCUGCUACGAAGCUAAUUCAGGAUCAGAAGUAAACCCUCCUCUUCAUCAUCUUCAUCAUCAUGGCCGUGAGAGCAGCGUUUGAGAAAAACAACGAGAUCGGCUGCUUCGCCAAACUCACCAACACUUACUGCCUGGUGGCGAUCGGCGGCGCAGAGAACUUCUACAGUGUGUUCGAGGGAGAAUUGUCCGAAACCAUCCCAGUUGUUCAUGCUUCCAUCGCAGGCUGUCGCAUCAUCGGGCGGAUGUGUGUGGGGAACCGUCACGGCCUCCUGGUGCCCAACAACACGACGGACCAGGAGCUGCAGCACAUCAGAAACUGUCUGCCAGACACCGUGAAGAUCCAGAGAGUGGAGGAGAGGCUGUCUGCGCUCGGUAACGUCAUCGCAUGCAACGACUACGUAGCGCUGGUCCACCCCGACCUCGACAGGGAGACAGAGGAGGUCCUUGCAGACACCCUGAAGGUGGAGGUUUUCCGUCAGACGGUAGCAGAGCAGGUCCUGGUCGGCUCUUACUGCGCGUUCAGUAACCAGGGAGGCCUGGUCCACCCCAAGACGUCCAUCGAGGACCAGGACGAGCUGUCGUCUCUGCUGCAGGUCCCACUGGUGGCGGGCACAGUGAACCGGGGCAGUGAGGUCAUCGCCGGGGGGAUGGUGGUCAACGAUUGGUGCGCGUUCUGCGGCCUGGACACGACCAGCACGGAGCUGUCCGUCAUCGAGAGCGUCUUCAGACUGAGCGACGCAGCACAGCCCUCGGCCAUCGCCACCAGCAUGAGGGACUCGCUGAUCGACAGCAUGGCCUAAAGUCGCCUCUGAAGGUUCCUGCCCUCAAAGAGCUCUACUGCAGGAUCCCACCGGUCUCACACAUGAAGACAACGAGCUGCUGGACCUCAUUUCUCCACUUCAAACGCCUCCUCCUCUCUCUCAGAACUGUUCACUCAUGAGCGUCGCUCUGAUCGUUUUCAAACUUUAUCUGCUUUUGAAUUAAUCUUUACUAACAGAUCUCCUCCGUUCGAAUCAGCUUUCUGCACAAACUUAAUCAAAAAGAUGAAGUUUUAAAGGGAGAAAUCCUGCAGCUGUGCACGUCCCCUCAUCACGUGUUGUUGACCCGAGCCGGGGGAGAUAAUUGGCUGUAGGGAGACAUUAAAACAGGUAGAGCGAGCGCCGUGUGAGAAGUCUGAUAGUUCAGCCUCUGUUGCUGUCAUGAACGUUUUUUUUUUUAAAUCAAAUGUUUUCUCCCGGUGUGGAGAACGAGAAGCUGAAAUGAUCAAAAUAAAACUUAUACAUGUGCCUGUGUUGUUUAAACAUCACAAGGUGUAAAUCUCUCCUCUGUGUUUCCCCCUGAUGGGAAACUAUCAGAGGACAGAAUCCCCUCCCUGAUGCUUCGGCUACUUUUUUUAGUCUCGCUCGAACUCGACUGCUUUUUGUCAUCUUCAGUUUUCCUUCAAUAGUGAGAAUCUCCUCGUUGUUUUUUUGCUUUUUAAAACAAUUUUAAUUCAUACUUUCUGUUCGUUUUCUCACCAGAGAAUGAGCUUUGUUAGCUCGAGAAAAAUAAGCUGAAAUCUAUCCAGAUCAACACUUUAUCACAGGAAAAUGGAUGAAUGUCUGCUUGGGGCUUCCGUAGUUUAAGAUUCCUGUCAACAUUUACCCGAAGCUCCAACUGCAGCAAAUGCUUACAUAAAAUGGGAACUCCCGUUUUGUCGUUUAAAUUAAUCCAGAAUAUUCAUGUUUGGCCUUUAAGUGGGAGUACAAAGUUUCUGUUUUUGCUCGAUUUCUUCAACUUGAAACGAGUAAAACUGCAGCAUAUAGUCCCUGCAGGAAAAGCUCCUGAUCAAAAUGCAUCCUCUAAACGUUCUUGUUUUUGCCUCAUUGAUUCAGUCACCUGAAGUGUCUGACAUCACUUCAAUUCUCCAUCUCUACAUUUACAGACCUUUAUGUUGCAGUGAGUUAACAUUAAUCUCUGCAAAGCCGCCAGACUCCUUGGAGAAAAGCAGAGAUUUACACGAGUCGGAGGUUUAUUUACUGCUUGAUCUGUUUGUUUGGUGUUUACAAUGAAGAGUUCAGAUGUUAGUGUGAACAGCUGAUAAACAACUCGAGCAUCCAGCGUCUUUAAAAACACUUUUUGUCGGUAGAUUCUGGCUUUGACAAACACUUUGUGACGGACGAUUCUGGUUCUAAAGAAAUCCUUUUGCACCCGACAAAAUACGAUUUCCAAGUCCAGACUUGUUUAGUAUCUAUCCACUCCGACCUUCUAAAGUCCAGAAUGAAACAGGAAUCUUUUUCAUUUUGAAAGUGAUGUUAUUGAACGUCUGCCAAAGUGCUGUAAACUUCGAGUGAAGUCUAGUUUACUGAGUAUAUACGACAUGCGAUAUCUUAAAUACACAUGCAGUGAUCUUUUUUUUUUUUCUUUCUGUGCUCUUGUAUGGACGCCGACACUGUAAGGAAACGUUUGAAAGCAGAGGUGAGGAGGAUUGAGAUGCAAACUGGAGCUGAGAGCGUGUUUCUUUUUUUUUACGUCUGUGUUUCUGUACCAAAUCACAGUCCUCUGUGAGCUCUAACAUGGAUCAUGACGUCUGUAUAAUAAAAUAAAUCACCCUCUUUUUA